AUGAAAAGACAGUUUGUGUUCAAAGUGAAUGGCCUACACCUAAAGAAACUACUGCACCAAGAUGCUGUAGACCUCUUUUGUAAUGCAGACUAUGCUGUGUCUCUGCAAGUACAGCACAGGGUGCUGAUUGUUGGGGGUUCUUUUGGUCUUCGUGAGUUUUCACAAAUACGAUAUGAUGCUGUAAAGAUUAAAAUUGAUCCUGAAUUGGAAAAAAAACUGAAAAUGAAUAAAGUAUCAUUGGAGUCAGAAUAUGAGAAAAUAAAAGACUCAGCUUUUGAUGACUGGAAGAAUGUUCGAGGACCCAGGCCUUGGGAAGAUACCGACCUACUCCAAAGACAAAAUCCAGAAUUCCUAAAGACUAAGGCAUCUUGA